CUCGAGAUUUUCUAAUUCUCUCAAAUCAAUUAAAUCUACCUACCUUAAGUGCCACUUCACAUAAAUAGGUGCUAUAUAAAGUCGAACCAACCGGUACAGAUCGUGGCCAUUUGCAGUUGAAACCAGUGGCGAGCAAAUCCUACGUAAGACAAUGAACAAGUUCAGCAUUUGCUUUGUCCUGGCUGUGUGCGCCUAUCGCAUAUUAGCACUCCCGGUGGUCACCAUUCCGAACGAUGCCGAACAACAGAGCGGAAACUUCGAAGGAGACAUGAUCCUAUCGAAGGAACUACGCCAAGCACUUUCCGGGCAACGCAACGGGCUUACCGAUGUUCAGUACCGCUGGCCGAACAACACUGUCCACUACCGAAUCAUCGCAGACAAUUUCACUACCGAGCAGGUCGAUUACAUCCGCCGGGGCCUGGACACCAUCGCUAAUGCGUCGUGCAUUCGGUUCGUGGAAGCUGAUGAAAACGCGACGGCCUACAUUCGAGUUCUCGGGCAGGAUGUGGGAUGCUACUCGGAGGUCGGUUAUCUCGGCACGGUGCAGGACUUGAAUCUGGCGCCCAACACGCUGGAAAGCGGGUGCUUCCGGCUGGGAACCAUUAUGCACGAGUUCCUGCACGCCUUGGGAUUCUUCCACAUGCAGAGUGCCUCCGACCGGGAUGAGUACGUCACCAUUGUGUGGGAGAAGAUUGAGCAACGGUUCGCGCACAACUUUGAGAAGUACAACGCCAGUUUCGUGUCCGGAUUCGAGGUUGAGUACGAUUAUGGUAGUGUGCUGCAUUAUCCGGCCGUGUCCUUCAGUAUCGAUGGCAACGCGACUAUCGUCCCGAGGGUUGCCAAUGUCACGAUUGGACAACGUGCGCGUUUGAGUGACAGUGACAUUAUCAAACUGAACAGAAUGUAUGAAUGCGAAUAGAGGCAAAUGCUAUUGCAGUUUGAUAUACUGAAAUAUAUUUUCUGUUUACUCAACUUAUGAAA